AUGAGUCGCUUACGGGCCGUCGCGGCGCUGGCCACAGCCUUCUCGGCGUUAAUGACGGUGGUCAUCGCGUUUGCCAUCGCACAAGCCAACCACGUGUACGUGGGCGGGCUGGCCUGGCCGUUUCUCUCGGACUUGGGGCGCGAUCCACCCGGUUCGUACGUGCUCUUCUUGGGCCUCAACGUCGUGGCCGUGCUGCUUGGACUCACGUGGAGCUUCAACCACGAGUAUAAACAGCGAUUCCUGCAGCAGAGUCUGGAGAACGGCCAGGUCUCGCACGGUCUGUGCUCGCUGUCGUUUGUGAGCUGUAUCUUCGGCGUCGUUGGCGCCUUCGGGCUCCCAGUGUUCGCGUCCUUUAAUGCCUCGCCGACGCUGCACUAUAACUCGGCCUUCGGAUUUCUGCUCUGCGAGACAGUGGCCAUGUUUACCAAUACCUACUUGAACUACCAGAUAUUCCUGGUGAAGCGCGCCGAGAUGGAUGCCGGAGUGUUUAUCACCGACCGAUAUGGCCCGCGCAGCGUCUCCCGAAUCAAGAUGGGCGAGUUACAAGCGGCCAAGCGUGGCUUCCUCAUCGAGCUGUCCUGCGUGGCCGUCUACUCCAUGUGUGUGCUGGUCUAUCUGCCUGUGUUAUACAACGGUGCCGACGCUCCGCAUCUCACGAUCAAGCAGUGUAUUGCUUUGAAGCUUGGAGAAAACUACUGCAGCUCCACCAUGCGGCUCGACGAUGUAAACACGAAGCUGUGGGACUACGAGAAAGAUAUUGCCGUGCAUCAAGUGCGCGCUCUGGCGCAGCUCGGGUGUAUGCUGACGCUCAUCGGGUACACGCUGAGCUUCUUCGCCGACAACAAGGACGAAGAGACCCUGAAAGACACAGACCGCACGGAAGCCACCAUCAUUUACUACCAACACAGUGCCUCCAUACCUGGAAUCCGAAGUCCACGGAAAGCUCGUCGAACCAGCUCGCGGCGGAGUAAGUCCACUUCCAGUUCGGUCAGUGAGCCAUCCAAGCAUUCCAGUGAGUUUCGCUGA